CCUUUUACCCUAUGUUUCUUCCUACAUUUCUGCGAAGAAUCCCAGGCAAAACAGUUGAAAAGAAAAGAGUUCGGAGGAAAGCUAUUAACUUUGUCUCAGGAAUUUUAGUCUUUUCCUUUCUGGAAUUGGGUUUUUUUUUUCUUUGGGGAUUUUAGAUGCGAUCUUCCGGUCAUCUUCCAACUUGGAUAUCUGCCCUUUUUGGCUGCGUGGGAGGUUGUUUUGGAUGCUUCGAGCCAUCUAAGGGUGUAUUGAUUCAAGACUGGAAAGGGAGGAACUUUUCUAAAGAUUUCUGGAGUAGCAGCACAUGUGAAAUCGAACAUGGUGCACUCAAGCCCCAAAGAAGCAUUCCGUCAAUAAGCAUAUCGAGUCAUUCCCUUGACCUUUCUGGCAGCACUAGCCAUCCUUCUGAAUUUGUAAAUCAUGGCCUUUAUCUUUGGAACCAAACAAGGCAGCAAUGGCUUGGAAAUAAAAAGUUUGAGAAGCGUGUACAACGUCGAGAAUCCAAUUUAAGUUGCAAUUGGAAUGUAAUCUAUCAUAGUUUACGUGGGAAUAGUAAGCCAUUCUCUCAUCCAGUUCCCCUGUCUGAAUUGGUGGAUUUCCUAGACGAAGUUUGGGAGCAAGAGGGCUUAUAUGACUGAGCAGGAUGAUGCUAAGUUAAAGCUAGAAAGAACGGGAAAUGUCGAAAUUAUCUAUUGCACCAUCCUCUUCCCUUUUGGAUCCUUCCUCUGUAUAUCAAUGUAUUGUAGUUUACAAAUCCUUUGGAUUGAAAAUUCAACAUUAAUCAUCCAAAACGAAAAGAAAAUGCAAUAUUCCAGUUUCUU